GCACGCUGUCGCGGACGUGACGUCAUCAAAGUUGGCGGUAUUUUGAACAGAAGGCGGCUGUUGUUGUUUUCCGCUCACAGACGAACAUUUGACACUCUAUGGCUGAGGUGAGGGCAGCUGAACAGGCAGCAGAGCUGUCAGAGGCUGCUCAGGCUGAGCUGCUGGAGCUGUGUGAGGAACAGUUCUCUCAGCUGGAGAAGCUUCAGAAUGAGAUCAUACUGUCUGAACCAGAUUCCUGUGAGAACCCACAGGAGCAGUCAGUUAAUCGACUGAUUGCAACAGAAGCUGAACUGAAGAAGUGGCUGGCAGUGGAGCCUAAAUUGCUGGCAGCAAAUUCAGAGGUUUUACUUCAAGCUGGAAAAGAGGAGAUGCUUAAGCUGUGUUCAGAACUUGAGAUGGUUGCUUCCUGCUAUGAAGCAAAGAGAGACAAACUGAGAGACACCAAAGAACUUGAACUGAAGUGGUUGGAGGAGAAGAAACAGGUGCUAUUAGCAGCCAAUGACCACGUUGAACGACUUCAAAUGGACAAGGAGAAAUUAUCAGAGCAGAGUGUACUGCAGGACACCAAGGCAAAAAUCCAGAAAAUGAAGGUGUACCAGGAGAGGUUGAUGGAGUCUCUGGGGGACGUCCUGGAGAAGCAUGUUCCUCCCCCUCAGAUUGAAUCCACUACAAACAGGAAGAAGAAGAACGUUGAACUGGGGAUCAAUGAAAACUUGAUUUCACUUAGUGAAAUCCUGGAGGUGCUCAUGAACAAGGUCCUGAGCACACCACACGACACCUAUGUGACGAUAGACGACACAUUCUGGCCACCCUACAUAGAGAUGCUUCUCCGCUAUGGGAUUGCGGUGAGGCACCAGGAGAAUCACUUCAAGAUCCGCCUGGAGACCUUCUUUUAGGGCAGUGGUGUAUCACUUGUAUAUCAGUGUUUCUAAUUCUAGUCUGCCUGUACAGUGCUGCUGCUGGUGUGUGUGUGUGUGCGUGCGUGCGUGUGUGCGUGCGUGUGUGUGUGUGAGAAAGCUGAUAAGGAGGCAAACUGCCGUAAAGCAACAAGACUAAUUUACUGUCUGUGAAGGUCUGUUGUAGAGUGCAUUUCAAAAAGAAAUGAAUUGCCCUUUCAGUCUUUUUACAAGUAGGUUUUAUGUUAAGAUCCCGUUUGUAUGUACAAAAUAACCAUGGAGCUUUGUUCAUUUGCCAAUCGGUAAUAAACAAUGUACAGUAUGUUAGUGUUUAUCAGUGUCUUUGAAAUUCUUAUUUUAUUCAAUUUUAUUGAAAGUGUACAAAACGUUUGAGGCCUAGAGAUAAACCUGUAUAUACGUACAUGUUAAUUAUUUGGUUGUUUCUAUUUUCUUGUUCAUAUUCAAUAAACUUUGGAGCUGCA